AAGAAGGCGCUCGCCCGGAUACUUGGCAUGACUCACUCCCACGGUAGGCCUCGUAUCCCAUAAAUAACAGUGGGAAGGAGGGAAUUGGCGCAUAAUCGCGUCCUUUGGAAAUAUUCUGCAUAUCCGGCUGUUUUCCAAACAAUAUUACAACCAUGGCUUCACACGCUAAUCGUGACCCUCACACCACCCCCGCGCCCGGCUCCCUCAAACAAGUCUACGCGACAUCAUCGCCGUUCGAGGAGAAGAUUGGCUAUUACCGAGCUGUCCGGCAUGGACGACAUAUUUUCGUUUCUGGUACUACUGCCGUCGACCCCGCGUCGCCAAGUGAUGCACCCCAGAUUAUCUUUCCUGGGGACGCCCGUCAGCAGACACGUGUGGCACUACAAGAAUGCAUUCGGGCAGUUCAAGCCCUGGGCGGCAAAGGGGCGGAGAAUGUGGUGCGUGUGAGGAUGUUUGUCAGUCAACACAAAGACUGUGUAGCUGUUGGAGAAGGGUACACUGAGGUGCUGGGGCGUGCUAGCCAUCCAGGGGUGGGCGCGGCUGCAACGAUGGUUGUAGUGAACGGAUUUGUCGAUGAGAGAAUGUUAGUUGAAGUCGAAGUCGAUGCGAUCUUGGAGGAUUGAAUUAAUUAUGAGAGGAAUAUUGUAUACAGUUACAGCUAAACAAUCCAAUGCUCUACCAAUGUUGAUUCACAG